AAUAUACCGCCUGCUAGCUAUGCAGAGGAACAGAAAUGCUCACCUACUCACUAUCAUCGCGCUCUUCAAGUUUCCGGCUCUGAAGUCGAUCUUGUUUAAUUCUGAGCGAGACUCUCUAGUCUUCAGUGUCCUGAGGAGAGUCUAUCUACUGUAAAUGAACACACCCCGAUCUCUCACAGCGGGCUUACCAAUUACACAACACCUUCCUGUGAGCCUUGACUACGACGAGAACCUUGGGAGCGGAAGUUCUGGUCAACAUCGAUAUGAGGAAAUCUAUACGAGUAGUGAACUAGCGGAGGCCUCUACGAACUCAUUGAAUGUUUACCUUGGACAAUCCAAGUCCAUUGACAGUAUGCAUGAUCUCCGGGCAACUUUCGCCUCUUACGAAGGCUGGGAAGGUGUAGAGGGUACAAAGGGACCCCAGCAAAGACUCACCGGCACCUGCGACGGCUGUAAAAAGCUCAAGGUGUAUUGUGAAUAUGGGCCUGACUACUACACCUGUAAGAGGUGCUUGGCUACGGGUACUGAAUGUAUUGUUGACGGCCACAAAGGCCUAAGGCCAACACACUACUCGUCAUUUGGUUUUGGUGUUAGUUCUUCUAUGCCCACAACCUCAAGUCAUGAGAAACAGCAAGAAAUUGAUGAAAUUUACAGGAUCCUGUUAAAUUCUUUGACUUUGGAUUCCAGUAUAAACUCAAGCACCAAAGCCUCACUUUCAGCACUUAAGAGAUUGUGCAAUGAACAUCAUACUCUACCCAGUGGUCUCCAUCUACACAAUGUCCAAUGCCUUGAUACUGCUCUUCCAGUGACUGGAGGCAGUUUCUCAGAUAUUUACAUUGGUGAUAUGGAUGGCUCAAAGGUAGCACUGAAGGUGCUGCGCAUCUAUCAGACCACUGAUUCUGCAAUGAAGCAAAAGAUCAAGAAGAAAUUCAACAAUGAAGCACUCAUCUGGGCCACUUGCCAGCAUAGAUUUGUUCUGCCCUUUUUAGGUAUUGAUUCUAAGAACUUCAAGCAUGCAAUGUGCAUGGUACUACCCUGGAUGGAGCAUGGGAGAAUUUCUGAUAACCUCACAUUAUUAAGAAGUCAUAAGCAUCCAUUGGGAAGUAGAGGGCAAGUCAAUAUUUGGCUCUCUCAAAUUGCAGAAGGUCUAGCAUACUUACAUGCUGUAGGCAUUAUACAUGGAGAUCUGAGAGCAGCAAAUGUGCUGCUAGAUGAAGACUACAAUGUCAAACUGUCAGACUUUGGAUUGGCUAUAAUAGCCAAUGACACAGGCACACAGGCUACUACAGUUGAUCGCACUCCUAAUUGGCUUGCACCUGAAUUGCUUCUUCCAGACAAGUUUGGAAGUAGUUCUUCAAGGCCUACACUUGCUGGUGAUGUCUAUGCUUUUGGAUGUGUUGCAAUUGAGCUUUACACAGGAAAACCUCCAUUUGCUGGUCUGUCUCAGUUUGCAGUCAUAAGCAAGAUAAUGGAGGGAGUGCCUAUUCCUGAGCCUACCUUCUACAAUGAGGAAGAAAUGCCUUCACAUCUGUGGAGCAUUGUGAAGAGGUGUUUAGUUCAGAACUACAAAAAGAGACCCACUUCAGCAGAGGUGGCAGGCCAUAUGGUAGUAACAUUUCAAGAUUUUGUAGAUUCAUUUUCAAUAAGAGACUCAUGAUUCACUCAGACACAUCAUCAAUCCC